CAGUAUUUCAGUCGUCCUGCACUCCUGACUCCUUCAUGUUGACCUUGGUUCGUCGUACCUACGAGCAAAUGAUACCUCCGUACUCACAACAAUGGCUACCUCACGAGCCAGACUCAUGAAUGCAGCUCUUCCACCAAGUCCACCGCCCUCUCCGCCAAAAGUGAAACAAAGGCGCAAGAAACCCGACGACCCAUUCUACAGCAUUCCACUAACCCAGCCCAUACCACGGCCACCGUCGCCCGAGGAUGACGCCCAGGAGCCAGUUCAGUCGCGUGUAAAGACCAUGCUCCUCACACCCAUUCUAUUCAUAUCUUUCCUCUUAUCACUCUUCAUCAUUAAUCGCAGUGAUCGCGCCGCACGCGUCUCGUCUCAUCCUCAACCGCACCCUAGGGGCUUCAUCGCCUACCUCUCUCCCCGCGCCUGGCUGGACCCAGAGCCGUACCAAGAUCCAACCUCCACCGCAUGGGACACGGCCAGCCCUUCGUCGCGGAAGCCAGAUGCUGUAGUUGCGCAGGGUAAUGGAAACGGGAGGAAGAGAAGUUGGUUUGUGAAGAAGAAGCACCGUGCAGUUGCAAGGCUCCAGGUUGGAGAUGCCUUUGAGUUGCGGGGUUGGGUGGUAAUUGCCAUGCUAGUGUUUGGGCUGAUGAUUCUGGCUGGAGCGGUGUGGGGUUUGAAGCGGUUGAUCGGGUAGGGGUGCCCCUUUUAUGCAUGGCCAGAGUAUUUUGGGUUGUAUUGAUGACGGGACACUUCAUGGUUAAGCAAAGGUGUUGAUGCCACGAUUCGGGUCUUAAUAUUGGUUUUGUCGAAUGACUAUGUUACCUCAUGCAUUACAAUCGCCCGUAACGAAUAGGGUGCCAUUAGCAGAAGACCAACCAUCCGCCCUACCUAAGAACGCCGCCGGACCGAUAUAACCUUGCGGUAUCCAAACAUAAACAUAAACCUUGACUCCAUAUUCAAUCCGAAAUAAAAGCUUGCGCUGACGGCAC